AUGGAUUUUGCUUUUGGGAAGGAUGAUGUUAUUCAUGGACGCCAUGAUGUAGAAAGGGCUUUAAAGUUCAUCCAGAAGGGCCAAGCAAUCCAUCAGGCAGUAGAAGCACAGUUGGAACAGAGCCAAGCAAAAUACAAGGCUCGCCAUGACAAGCAUCGCAUAGAUCAUCAUUUUCAGGUUGGUGACCGUGUUUGGUUACAUAUCAGCAAGGAAAGAAUGCAAGGUGAAGGAAAGAAGUUGAAGCCAGUCAGAUAUGGUCCUUUUGAGAUCUUGGAAAAGAUCGGUACCAAUGCCUUCCGCCUUAAUCUUCCUCCAUACAUGCAGAUUUACUCGGUUGUCAAUGUUGAGAAUCUAAAGUUGUAUGAACCUCCAAUGAUCUUGGAUGAAGACACUGACAUACAGGUUCCAUCAGUUGAUGAUCUCUCACUAGAGUACAUGUCAGAGUUGUCAGAAGAUGUUAUCCUUGACAAGAAUGUCAGAACGUCACGAAGAGGACCAAUUGAAUACCUCCGAGUGGGACUUAAGGGGAUGCAUCCAAGAAAGGCAAGAUGGAUGGAGAUUGGUAAAGUGAGGGAACUUUACCCUCACUUAAUUUCCAAGUAA